AUGACAAAGAUAUUUUUUUUUUAUCAUUUUAGAUGUCAAGACACAGUAGAAAGAUUCCGUAACGUAACGGACACUAUAGACGGAUUACUACAAGGAUAUGAUAUACGACUACGGCCUAGCUUUGGAGAUGAACCAUUAAAUAUUGGUAUAGAAGUAAUACUGGCAAGUUUUGACAGUAUAUCAGAAGUCAAUAUGGAUUAUACUAUAACCAUGUAUUUAAAUCAAUACUGGAGAGAUGAUCGCCUACAGUUCUCAGAUAAUAUCAAUGAAAGUAUGACUUUAACUGGAGAAUUUGCAGAACGAAUCUGGGUUCCUGACACCUUUCUCGCCAACGACAAAAAUUCUUAUCUUCAUGACGUCACAGAGAAAAAUCAGAUGAUACGAAUAUAUGGUAAUGGGUCCAUAGUGUACGGUAUGAGGUUUACAACAACCCUCGCCUGUAUGAUGGAUUUACAUAAUUAUCCACUUGAUGAACAAGAAUGCACAGUGGAGAUUGAAAGCUAUGGCUACACCACUGACGAUCUGGUGUUACAAUGGUUACAGAAUAAAGCUGUAUCAGGAGUAGAUCAACUCGAACUACCACAAUUCUCUAUAGUCAAAUACCACGCUGGUCAUUGGAUAGAAAAAUUAUUAACAGGUGAUUAUAAAAGAUUAUCCUUGUAUUUUACGCUGAGAAGAAAUAUUGGAUAUUUUAUCUUUCAAACCUAUUUACCAUCAAUAUUAAUAGUAAUGUUAUCAUGGGUGUCGUUUUGGAUCAACCAUGAAGCUACGUCAGCCAGAGUUGCUUUAGGCAUUACCACUGUGUUGACAAUGACAACAAUAAGCAAUGGAGUUCGAUCGUCCUUACCACGAAUAUCUUAUGUGAAAGCUAUAGACAUUUAUUUGGUCAUGUGUUUUGUGUUUGUAUUCGCUGCCUUGUUAGAAUAUGCUGCCGUCAACUAUACAUAUUGGGGAGCUAGAGCUAAACGAAAAGCUAAGAGAUUAAGAGAAAGAGCUAACUCUGUACGAAAAGCUAGAGACGAUGGAGAGGUUAUGAAUAAUUCGAACGCCUAUGAUACGAUGGAAAUGAGAGAAGUUAGAAUGUCGCCUAUGUUAGGAAUCAGAAACAGUCAAAGUUUUAAUAUGGAACUGGAGGAUGGAAAUGCACAAGAACCUCCUAAUAUCAGAAUGGCACCGGUGUUGCCGAGGACAUACAUUACACAUGGGUAUUUACCUAGUAACAUGUUACGCCGUAGAAACAGUAACGGGGUACCGAAACGGAAAAAAUUUCUUUCAAACUUUAAACAAAGAGCAAAAUCAAUCCGUGUAAAAAUUCCACGAGUUCAGGAUGUUAAUACAAUAGACAAAUAUGCUAGACUCGUUUUUCCAUUAUUAUUUCUUGUAUUUAACGGUGCAUAUUGGGCUGUGUAUUUAUCUCAAGUGUAG